AUGGCACCGUCGCGGAAAGCAGCAAGUCUCCCACUCCAAGGAUGCGUCGUCGCCCUCAGCGGCACCUUUCCGAACCGCUCGCAAGGUGCCAUUGACAAGGACCUCAUUCAAGUCCUGGGCGCAAAUCUUUCGAAGACGGUCAAUGCUGAUACCACCCACCUCAUCACAACCACCAGCGACUUCGCCAAACCCUCGGUCAAGGUCAGUCAGGCAAAGUCAUAUGACAUACCCAUCCUUACGCUGGCCUGGCUAGAGGAUUGUCUGGAGCAGAGCACGAAGUUGAGCAAAGACAGCUACAGCUUCGGUAGCUCAGCCCUUGCUACUGCUCCAUCUGCUCCCAUUAGCAAUCCUAGUCGACCAAAGCGCAACUUGGCAGCUGUCUACAUCGACCGCAAAGAAGACGAGGAGGAGGAAGAGGGAAAAGUGCCACCCCAGUCGAAGAAGAAAUCCAAGCCUGCGAGUACCACCAACUCCCAGGUCAGGGACGAAGAAGAUUCGAAGAUUACUGCGAGACCUAUACCAGAGUCUAAACUAGAGGGACUAGCCACCUCAGGCGAGACCAUAGGAAAUAUAGCAACGCUUUCCCACCUGAAGAUUCCCGUUGAUGAAGUCUGCACUCUGACGCAUUACGAAGUGUACAUUGACAGGGAUCGCAUCAUCUACGACGCUGCUCUCAACCAAACCAACACGAGUAACAAUAAUAACAAGUUCUAUCUGAUCCAACUUCUUCACCGCGGCGGCAACUAUCGCACCUGGACCAGAUGGGGCCGAGUUGGUGACCGCGGUCAGAGUAGUCUUCUCGGAGACGGAAGCCUUCAUGAUGCCAUGAAACAGUUCGAGGGCAAGUUCAGGGGCAAAAGCGGCCUUUCCUGGUCAGAUAGAGCUGGCAAGCCAAAGUCAGGCAAGUACACAUUCAUUGAGAGGAGCUACGGUGAAGAGUCAGACGAGGAGGAGGAACAGAAGGUCAAGACCAAGGAUGCACCCGGGGUGAAGCAAGAAAAGGCCCCAGAUUCAAAGUUGCCAACUGCCGUACAAGAUUUGAUGGAGUUGAUCUUCAACCAGCAAUACUUUGCCAACACCAUGGCCGAUUUCAACUAUGACACCAAUAAGCUUCCACUUGGAAAGCUAGCAAAGAGUACCAUCGUCAAGGGCUACCAAGCACUGAAGGAUUUAUGUGACCUGAUCAACGAUCAGACAUUGGCGCAGAUCGAAUACGGCACCACUUAUGCGCAGGCUCUCGAAGACCUUUCGAACCAAUUCUACUCUGUCAUUCCUCACGCGUUUGGUCGUAACCGACCUCCGAUCAUCCAAACCCAAGAAACGAUCAACAAAGAAGUCGAGCUCUUAGACAAUUUGAGCGAUAUGAAGGAUGCCCAGAACAUCAUGAGGAAAGAGCCCAAGGAUGCGGAGAAGGUGAAUGCACUUGACCGACAAUUCCGAGGUCUUGAUCUGGAGGAGAUGACAGUGUUGAAGCGGGAAAGUAUCGAGUUUCAAGAGCUCAAAAACUAUCUUGUCGAUACGCGGGGUGCCACACACAACGCAAACUACCACGUUGAUCAGAUCUUCCGCAUUGAACGCCAAGGCGAGAAGAAUCGGUUUGACAACAGCCCUUUCGCAGGACCACCUAGAGACCGCCGACUUUUGUGGCAUGGAUCUCGUGCCACGAACUUCGGCGGCAUUCUCAGCCAAGGUCUGCGCAUCGCCCCUCCCGAAGCUCCCGCGUCUGGAUAUAUGUUUGGAAAGGGAAUCUACCUUGCAGAUAUGUCAUCCAAAUCUGCCAACUACUGCUUCUCACACGCAUCAAACGGCCAUGCCUUGCUUCUUCUCUGUGAAGCAGAGCUUGGUGAUCCCAAGCUGGUUCUGACGAAUGCAUUAUAUUCCGCGGGCGAAGAUGCCAAGGCAAGGGGGAUGAUGUCAACGCCGGACGUCAGUAUACCUGUUGGUGAUACUGGUGUUCCAUAUGCCUACCUUCAAUACAAUGAGUACAUCGCCUACGACGUUGCCCAAAUCCGCCUCCGAUACCUCUUCCGCGUCAGGAUGUGA